CUAUAUUGGAUAUAAAAUAGCAUUCGGUUUCGUGAUAUUCAUAUGUCAGAAUGAGACACAAGUGUUUUAAUUCUGAUAAGAUAAUAGACAAAUGGGCCAUCAGCUGUGCAAAGUCUGUGAAACAGACGAGCACAUCAGACACAUUGUAAUACUUAUAAUCUUGCUCUUUUCGAAAGCAUCAUGUAUAUAAUUACCUUGAAAACUCGCAUAUUCGACGAGUAAUGUCACAAUAGCAGUAUAAAAAUUAAUACGAGUUGGAUUCUGGCACGUUCCGUUUACAGUCUGAUGUCUGACUGGGGCCGUGACACUGGUUGUUAGUGGUGGUUGUUGGAGUGUUGUGCAGAAAUGUAUGCAGGGCAGGAACAAAGAAAGAACAUGAAUGACAAGAUGAUUCCAUAUCUAAAUACACAGGUUACGGAAGUAAUUCUUUCAUAUGUAGACGGAAAAUGUCUUGCACGCUGUGAACAAGUGUGCAAGUUGUGGAAGGACUUGGUGCGAAGUUUGUCGCAGCGAACUCAUAUAUGGAAAACCUGCUGUGUGAAGGAGAUUAGUAGAGAUGUAAGAAUAGACCUGUUGAACAACUGUUAUCCAGGGUGGCAUGAUUUGUCUCUCAGAGAUUCUGAAUGGAAAAUAGUCUACAAAACAUGGUGCCAGUGGCAUCAUGUUGGAAAAUGGGCAUUUAUCACAAAAACUUUGUUUGAAGACACCAGCUUAAGGCCAGUGACAUGUAUGAAGACUUCAGGAACAUGUGUUACAACAGGUCAUAAUAAUGGUGAUGUUCUUUUGUGGUGUUACAGCAAUUAUGUUAAGGUAACAUCACAUAAGAAAUGUGUUACAGAUCUUGGUGUUAUGGUUUAUGGUGGAGAAUGUAAAAAUUAUUCCGAUCAACUGAAACAUAACCUAGUAGUGUCUACAUCAGAAGACCACACUGUGCAUAUAAACCCAUUAAUGUUUCAAAAUGAGAAGCCAUAUGGCUUUCCUGUUGUUAUUCGAGAGCACUUUUUGUGUGUGGCAAUGGUCAGAACUUUUGGGAGCAUGUUUGCUGUUCUUUCUCAUGAUGGGAGAAUUUCAAUAUGGCAAUUGAAUACUCCUACUUACAACAAGAAGGUUCCUGAAGUAAUAAAAUUGCAUACACUCCGAAUUAGUAGUGAUCUUUUCCGAGCCGUCAGCAUUUGGGGCAGCAAAGAUAUACAGGUGUCUGCAAUGACAUCUAAUGGACUGUGCAUUCCUAUUUUUCGUGGAGGUCAUUCUUGCCCCUACAAACUUCUUCAAGAAGAAGCACAUUUCUUACCAUCAAAUAUGUGGGAAGAAAUACAUGGUAGAAUUUUGAAAAUCUUUCUUUGGAGAUAUGGGAUCAGCAUUGUGCUGACUGAUCACCACUACAUGCAUAUCAGUGUAAAUGGUUGUAAACAGAGACAAUACAAUACUAUGCCAUAUUUUAAUUCACAUCCUGUCACAAUUCUACUGUAUGGAGAAAUACUAUUACUGGGUAUGGAAUCAGGAACGUUGUACAUGUACCUACUGUCUCAAAUAACAGACCUGUUAACCUUGGAUCUGGGAGCAGUGUACUGGCAGCACUCUCUGUGUUCAGACCCAGUUAUAGCUCUCGACAUAGCUGAAACGAGUAAUGGUCCUGUCAUAGCUGCUGCAACAAACAACAAAGUCUUUUGCAUACCUUUCAUCUUACCACAAUUGCGCUAAGUAAACUUAUUUUAAUAAUAAUAUGCUAUCCUGCAUUAGGGGUUUCUGAGUGUAAUAUUCAAACAGAUAAAAGAUUUAAUUUACAAACCUAUAUAAUAAAACUUAAUUUUAUGUUAUAUUGUACUAUCAGAGGCUUGCAGUAGUUACACUACCUCCUUGUCUCAUGAAAAUUAAAUUACAUUUCUGUUACUGUAAAACACAAAAAGCAAUAUGUAUGUUUUCAGUCCUGCCUACCAUCCUACCAGCUCUCAUACAGCUAGUCACCAUUUGUACCACUUUAUUUGUUGCUUGCUGUGCUGAAAGAAUUACACUUUUUCCCCCUCUCUCAAAAUAUGGCCUCUUUCAUCCUUAAUAGUGCAACUUUACCAUCAUCAUUCCUUCACAAUAUAUCUUCCAAACCUUAAUUACUAUUCAUUAUAAUAAAUAAGUAAAUAUGUAUAUCAUA